UUACCAUUUUUAUGCUCUUAAUUUCACCACCGUGUCAACUUCAAAUGUUUCAAACCCCAAUUUCACAUCCACCAUGAAUCAUUCUUCACAAUCCGAAACACCUUCACCCUCUGAUUCCAUCACCUCGUCACAACCUGAACCGCCACCACCGUCUGAUUCCGCCGCCAAUCCAUCAUUUCCCGAACCAUCGCCACCGUCCUAUUCGACUACACUAUCCGAACCACAGUCUUCGUUGUUCCAUUCCUCAAAUUUUCUAUCAUGCUUUCGUAGUUUGAGAAUUGAGAUGCUAACUUCCACUCCGAUUCUCUUCAUCUUCGACUCGGAGCCACCAACCAACACUGAAACCAUCAUGUAACAAAAAACGACACCGUUUCGAUCAAUGGUUAAGGGUUUGCACAGCCAAAAUCUCCCCGCCGAUGUAGCACAUGUCAUCGAUCAGCUAGAGCGCCACUGCUUGGCUCCCGAUGGAUCUCUCAUCUCCAAGCCUCUCUACAACAAUCUAGAACUCGAUAGAGAGGAAAUGUGCAGGGAACGACUUCUCGAAGCCAUGUAUCUCCAUGCCUCUUUUGAAGAGGAAUCUGGAUUUCUUCAGUUUGGAACAUCAUUAACAUCAAACGAUGCUAAGGAAAUACAGAAAUUUCUUGACCAAGCUGUGAGUGAAAGGUCAGUAUCAACUCUUCUAGUUUAAUUUAAAAUGAUGUAGGUAAAAACUCUGCCCCCACUUAGUGGAAUAAGGCAUGGUUGUUGUUGAUAGAAACUUCGUGAUUUGCGUUUAAAUUAUAUGGUCCAUUUCAACAUAAUUUAGUAUACUCUUUAUUUGUUUGUUUCUGUUACACUAUUGUUAAAAGCAUUUGAUAGGCGUAAGAAGAUAUAAGUUUAAUUCACUGUAUAUCUAACUUUCCUUGGUCUUCCAACUUUGGUUUCUCUUGCAAUGAUUUAACUUAUCUCUUGAUUUUCAGUUGUGAAGGAUUAAUUUUUAAACCAUUGAGUAAAGGUGUUAUAUAUGUAACUUCCCAGAAGUCGCGCAUCUGGCUAAAACUGAAGAAAGACUAUCAGAAUAAGUGGAUAUUGUUUUCUUUCCCCUUAGUUUAUUUGUGUACUGGCUGAGUUCCUUGUAUUAAUUGGCUCUAGUUCUGCUGCUGACUGUCAUCUACAGUAAAGAGUAAAAGGUCACGUUUGCUUGAUUUAAAACAAAAGCUCAGUGGCUAAUAAUGAUUUUGAAGUAUUACUUUUCACCCAAAAAAAAAAUCAAAAUUCAGCAAUGCAGACCCAAGUCUUUCAAAUCAGCCCUUGGGAGCCCAUUUCAGUUCACUGGGAGCUUAAUUCAACUCAUAUUCAAAGAUAUUAGUUAUCAUGAGUUUGAAUGUAAGCCUCGUCAUCUAGUUUAAAUCGACAUUUAUUUAAAUCCCGUUGAUGGAUAUGCUAUCCAUUAGUGAGAGCUAAAGUGUGUAUUGUUCUGGUUGUAACUUCUUUCGCCAUAGGAUAUAGAGUUUCAGUGUAGUUUAAGGUAGGUUGUUGAUGAAACUAACAAUUAACAGUGCUGAAACUUUGCAAAGCUUGUUGAGCUUGAUAGGAAACAAUUCUAUUCUCAUACAAAGGGUCACCGUAGUAAGGAUGAUGGAGCAUAAUAAUACGAUGCAUGCCAGGUAUUCUGGCAUGGUUGAAAUGACAGUGGAAAACUUGAGAAUUGCUGUGAAUGUGUGUUGAUAGUUACAAACGGUAGCAUCAUGACUGGAGCAUUGUCAAAUCUGAAUACACACUUUUUUAGGGUUUAUGGAAUUACUGGGUUUGGAAAACUAUAGUUCUUUGCUUGAUGUACCGCAACUAUCAACCAUGUCUGCGAUGAGUCAUCAUCAAACUACAGUUAAAUCUUCAUCUGAUACGUAUACUGGAAAAGAUUGUUCUGAGGUUUUGAAUCAACUGCCUCAAACUCCUAACUCUUGCUCGAUUUCAUCGGCUUCUAGUGAAGCAGUUAAUGAUGAACAAUGCAGUAAGACUCUUGUUGACCAAGUCCAAGAAAAUGAAGAUGAAGAAGAAAAACUAAAAACCAGUAAACAGUUGAAGACUAAGAAGACAAAUCAAAAGAGACAGAGAGAACCAAGAUUCGCGUUCAUGACGAAAAGCGAGGUGGAUCAUCUGGAAGAUGGGUACAGAUGGAGAAAGUACGGUCAAAAAGCUGUCAAGAACAGCCCCUUUCCAAGGAGCUAUUAUCGCGGCACCACUGUUUCAUGUAAUGUGAAGAAACGUGUGGAGCGUUCUUAUACUGAUCCAACCAUUGUAGUCAUAACUUAUGAAGGCCAACACAUUCAUCCAAGUCCAGCUAUGUCCCGUUCCGCUUUCGCCGGAGUUCAAAUACCACCACCGACCGCUGUUUCCGGUGGGUUUCCUACUAACUUUGGUUCAAUUUUGCAAGGGAACUACUUAUCACAGUAUCAGCAGCAACAGCACCAUCAUCAACAUCAACAGCUAUUGGUUAAUACAUUGUCCUCUUUGAGUAACCCUUAUAAUUAUAAUUCUUCUGCUUUUACUCAAGAGAGGAAGCUUUGUAAUCCAGGGGCAACUACUUCCUUUCUUAGGGACCAUGGUCUUCUUCAAGAUGUUGUUCCUUCACAUAUGUUAAAGGAAGAGUAAAUAUAUGAUUUGAUAAAUAGCUUCAUUAUUACUUUCUAUGUUAGUAUUUCUUUCUUUUUUAGUAUAUUUUCUUGCUGACUUUUUCUAUAAGACUUAGGUAACAACUAUGUAACUUUUCUUUCUGAUAUGACUGAUAGGUGGUGAGGGUGAUAUAUUACUAUAUAUUAGUGAUGAAUGAUAAUGAUCAUCUUGUAAAGACCA